GUCAUUGAAGUAACUAGAUAUUGAAACUUUCUCGCGCCAGUUUUAUACAAACAGUUGCCAAUAAAAGUUACAUUUGAAACAUUUUUGUGUUUAAUGUAUGCGUCAUUUGGUUAAAAUAUAACAAAAUAAAAUGAAUAAAAAGCAAUUUCCGGCACCUUCUGCUGUAAAAAGAGCAAAAUAUCGAGACGAUGAUGAAGAUGAUUAUCCUGGUUCAUUUGAAGCCGAACUGGCUACUAUGGAUGAAAUGGAAGAUGAAUUUGGAGAUAUAUCUCAGGUUAUGGAAGAGCCACCUGAGAUACAACUAAGUAAAGCAGAAAAAGGAGGUCCUGCACAAGAAAAUACAUAUUCGAAAUGGAGUAGACCUCCACCUCCAGAGUUAAAUCCACAAAAAGAUGCAUUAAUCUUUCAGCAAAUAGAAAUAGACCAUUAUAACGGUAUACCAUUGCCUGGAAUGCCUGGCAGUAACAUACCUCCUGUACCAAUAAUGAGGAUGUUUGGUGUUACAGAAUUAGGAAACUCAGUUUGUUGUCAUGUACAUGGAUUUAAUCCUUAUUUAUAUGUCACAGCACCACAAAAUUUUAAUGAACAUCAUUGUAGAUUAUUUAAGGAAGCUCUAAACAAGGCUAUGUUAAAAGAUAUGAGGUCAAAUCCAGAGAAUAUUCAAGAGGCUGUAUUAGCUGUUGAGCGAUUGUAUAAACAAAAUAUGUAUGGCUACACAGGAAACGAAAAAUCGUUGUUUUUAAAAAUUACAGUGGCACUUCCAAGACUAGUAGCACGUUGUAAGAAAGUGGUAGAAGAAGAGACCAUUUUAUCCGAAUUUAAUCAUUGCUAUAGGGCUUUCGAAAGUAACAUUGAUUUUGAUAUUAGAUUUAUGGUUGACACAUCAGUAGUUGGAUGUUCAUGGAUUGAAUUACCACCAAAAACUUGGAAACUUCGACAGCAUAAUGGACAUAAUUUACCCUUUACUUCAAGGUGCCAGUUGGAAGUAGAUAUUGCAUGGGAUGCUUUCAUUGCUCAUGCUCCUCAAGGAGAAUGGUCGAAAAUUGCACCAUUUAGAAUUCUUAGUUUUGAUAUUGAAUGCGCAGGUCGCAAAGGUAUUUUUCCUGAGCCAAAUCAUGAUCCCGUUAUACAAAUUGCAAAUAUGGUGAUAAGACAAGGAGAAGCAGAACCUUUUCUACGAAAUAUUUUUACCCUCGACACAUGUGCACCGAUUGUUGGUUGCCAAGUUUUAAGUUUUGAGAAAGAACAAAAAAUGUUAGAGAAAUGGGCGGAUUUCGUGAGACAGUUAGAUCCCGAUAUUUUUACAGGAUAUAACAUAAAUAAUUUUGACUUUCCUUAUCUGAUUAAUCGUGCAAAACAUCUCAACGUGAGAGACUUUUACUUUCUUGGUCGAAUAAAAAAUAUAAAGUCAGUAAUUAAAACUCAAGUACUUCAAAGCAAACAGAUGGGUCGACGUGAAAAUAAAUCCAUUAAUUUUGAAGGGAGAGUUCCAUUUGAUCUAUUACUGGUAUUGGUUAGAGAUUAUAAAUUAAGAUCUUAUACUCUAAAUGCCGUUUCAUAUCAUUUUCUACAAGAGCAAAAGGAAGAUGUCCAUCAUAGUAUUAUCACGGAUUUGCAAAAUGGUAAUGCGCAAACACGUCGAAGACUUGCUGUUUACUGUUUGAAAGAUGCAUAUUUACCACUUAGAUUGUUGGAUAAAUUAAUGUGUAUUUUCAUCUACAUGGAAAUGGCAAGAGUCACUGGAGUUUCCAUAUGUAGUUUACUAACUCGGGGGCAACAAAUAAAAGUUGUAUCGCAAUUAUUACGAAAGACUCGAGAAAAAGACUACUUAAUCCCAGUCCAUCGGGGUCAAGCUAGCGACGAACAGUUCGAGGGCGCAACAGUUAUAGAACCAAAACGAGGAUAUUAUAGCGAUCCUAUUGCAACUUUAGAUUUCAGUUCUCUGUAUCCCAGUAUUAUCAUGGCUCACAAUCUAUGUUACACUACAUUGUUAAAACGCGAUACGGAAAUUAAACUUAAAAUUGAUUCAGAUGACAUUACUGUAACUCCAAGUGACUCAAAAUUUGUUAAAGCUACUCUUAGAAAAGGAAUUCUUCCAGAAAUCCUAGAAAGUCUUUUGUCGGCUAGAAAAGCAGCUAAAGCUGAACUGAAGAAAGAAACCGAUCCAUUGAAACAAAAGGUUUUGGAUGGUAGACAAUAUGCUUUGAAAGUAUCUGCUAAUUCUGUGUAUGGUUUCACUGGUGCGCAAAUGGGGAAAUUACCCUGUUUAGACAUUUCUGCUAGUGUUACCGCAUAUGGACGUACUAUGAUAGAACGAACAAAGCAAGAAGUAGAAGAACAAUAUUGCGUUUCCAAAGGAUAUAAAAAUGACGCAGUAGUCGUAUACGGAGAUACUGACUCUGUUAUGAUAAAGUUUGGUGUGAAAACAGUCGAAGAGGCAAUGGAACUCGGCCGUGAAGCAGCGGAAUAUGUGUCCUCAAAGUUUUUAAAACCGAUAAAACUGGAAUUUGAAAAAGUAUACUUUCCAUACCUGUUAAUUAACAAGAAACGAUACGCUGGUCUAUAUUUUACCCGUCCAGACAAAUACGAUAAAAUGGAUUGUAAAGGUUUAGAAACUGUACGAAGAGAUAAUUGUCCAUUAGUAGCAAACAUGAUGAAUACCUGUUUACAAAAACUACUGAUUGAUAGAAAUCCCAAUGAUGCGCUAAAUUAUGCAAAACAGAUUAUAAGCGAUCUUUUAUGUAAUCGUAUAGAUAUCUCUCAAUUAGUAGUUACAAAAGAAUUAACUAAGACUGAUUACGCGGCUAAGCAAGCGCAUGUUGAAUUAGCAGCCAAAAUGAAAAAACGAGAUGCCGGAAAUGCGCCAAAGCUUGGUGACAGAGUUCCAUAUGUUUUUAUACGAGCAGCUAAAGGUACACCGGCUUAUCAAAAGGCUGAAGAUCCCAUCUAUGUCUUAGAAAAUAAUGUUCCUAUAGAUACAAAUUAUUACUUGGAAAAUCAAUUAGCCAAACCAUUAGUACGUAUUUUUGAACCAAUUCUGGGCGAAAAGGCUGAAUCACUUUUGUUGAAAGGAGAUCAUACGCGCACAAAAUCCGUUGUUACGUCGAAAGUCGGUGCUCUAUCUGCAUUUACGCGUAAAAAAGAAAUAUGCUUGGGUUGCAAAGCAGUUUUAACACCGGAAAGAGAAAAGAUGGCAUUGUGUAAAUAUUGUGAACCAAAAGAAGCAGAAUUAUAUCAAACCGAAUUAUAUCUUGGUAGAAAAUUAGAAGAAAAAUUCUGUAGAUUAUGGACGGAAUGUCAAAGAUGUCAGGGAAGUCUUCAUCAGGAAGUGCUAUGCACAAGCCGUGAUUGUCCAAUAUUUUAUAUGAGAAAGAAAGUUCAAAUGGAAUUAGAUACACAAAUGAUACGAAUUGAAAGGUUUGGAAUUCCAACAUGGUAAAGUUAGAUAGAUUAAAAAACGUGACAGUGCAUUUGACAACCAGUCCAUUGCUUGAUCAAGUCCUUCACCUUUUGUUGCAGACGUUUUAAAGAUUUGGAAUGUUCUGUUUUUAAGAGCAUCUAAACCAAGUGCUUGAUGCACCUCUGCAACACUUAAACAUCCUGCCAUAUCUUGUUUAUUUGCCAGGACCACUAAAAUAGCACUUUGCAAUUCUUCUUCCUAAACAUACACAGAAAUAUAUAUAUUUAUGUUUUUCAUGGUUUUAACAUGGUAUUAUAUUAUUAUUCUGUAUGUUAGGAACACCAUAUUAAAUCAGUUUAUUGUAUGAUGUAUUUUAUAUUGAACGAAUGAUGAUGAAUUGAUUUUCUAUGUUUCUAAUACAAAAAAAA